GUGUUCCGAAAAUCAACACAAAGUGGAAGCGCCUUAAGCUGAAGGUAUAUUGUUUGUACUGAAGGAGCUCCUGUGUGGACAAGCAGCGCUGACAGCUCAAAUGGAUCCCAUGGAACUGCAAAAUGUCAACAUUGAACCUGACGAGGAGAGCACCAGUGGAGAAAGUGUCCAAGAUAGCUACACUGGGAUGGGAAAUUUAGAAAAAUCAGCAAUAAGCAGUCAGUUUGCUCAUGAAGAUGCUGAAAGUCAGAAAUUCCUGACAAAUGGAUUUCUGGGGAAAAAGCAGCUGGCAGAUUACGGGGAUGAACACCCUGGAACCACCUCCUUCGGGAUGUCUUCGUUCAACCUGAGCAACGCCAUCAUGGGCAGCGGCAUCCUGGGCCUGUCCUACGCCGUGGCCAGCACGGGGAUCGUAGCUUUCGUAAUCAUGCUUCUGGCUAUGGCAAUAUUAUCACUUUAUUCAGUCCACCUUUUAUUAAAGACUGCCAAGGAAGGAGGAUCUUUAAUUUAUGAAAAAUUAGGGGAAAAAGCAUUUGGAUGGCCUGGGAAAAUUGGAGCUUUUAUUUCCAUUACAAUGCAGAACAUUGGAGCAAUGUCAAGCUACCUCUUUAUCAUUAAAUACGAACUACCUGAAGUAAUCAGAGCAUUCAUGGGACUUGAAGAAAAUACAGGAGAAUGGUACCUCAACGGCAACUACCUCGUCAUAUUUGUGUCUGUUGGAGUCAUUCUUCCACUGUCUCUUCUUAAAAACUUAGGUUACCUUGGUUACACCAGCGGAUUUUCUCUGACCUGCAUGGUGUUUUUUGUCAGUGUGGUGAUUUACAAGAAAUUCCAAAUACCCUGCCCUCUGCCCAUUCUGGAUCAUACUGCUGGAAAUGUGACAUUCAACAAUACGCUUCCAGUGCACCCGGUAAUGUUGCCCAACAGCUCUGAGAGCAGCGGCGUGGACUUCAUGCUGGAUUACACCCGCCAGAGCCCUGCAGGGCUGGACGGGAACCAGGCCAAGGGCUCUCCUCCCGGGACUGGAGUAGAAUAUGAAGCUCAAAGUGACGACAGAUGUCAACCCAAAUACUUUGUGUUCAACUCGCGGACGGCCUAUGCAAUUCCUAUCCUAGCGUUUGCCUUUGUGUGCCACCCCGAGGUCCUUCCCAUCUACAGUGAGCUUAAAGACCGGUCCCAGAGGAAGAUGCAAACCGUGUCGAAUGUUUCCAUCACUGGGAUGCUGACUCUGUACGUGCUGGCCGCCCUCUUUGGUUACCUGACCUUCUAUGGAGAGGUUGAAGACGAGCUGCUCCACGUCUACAGCAGGGCCUGCACGUUUGAUGCCCCCCUCCUCGCGGUGCGGCUGGCUGUCCUCGUGGCCGUGGUGCUCACUGUGCCCAUCGUCUUGUUCCCAAUUCGGACGUCAGUGACCACACUGUUAUUUCCCAGAAGACCCUUCAGCUGGAUAAGACAUUUCCUGAUUGCAGCCAUGCUUCUUGCACUUAAUAAUGUCUUGGUCAUCCUUGUACCAACUAUAAAAUACAUCUUUGGGUUCAUUGGGGCAUCUUCCGCCACUAUGCUGAUUUUCAUUCUUCCAGCAGUUUUUUAUCUUAAACUUGUCAAGAAAGAGCCUCUCAGGUCUCCCCAAAAGAUCGGGGCUUUGGUUUUCCUUGUGGUGGGGAUCGUCUUCAUGAUUGGAAGCAUGGCCCUCAUUAUAACUGACUGGAUUUACAACCCCCCAUAUUCCAAGCAUCACUAACGGAGGAAAAAAUAUCUUUUCUAUUGGAAAUGGUUACAAAUUAUGCUCCAAAAGACAUUUGAGUUAUCUUGACUGAGUGUUACUCAGGAAAUAACAGGAAGACUCCAAAGACUUCCUAGUAACAUCACCAGGUACCAGCAGGAGAAAAAGUCAUUUUUGUCACGAGUGGCUGUUUAUAUGUUUAAAAUCUGUGGUGCACAUUUCUGCCCAGGUUUCACCAAAGCAGUGAGAGAUGUACUAGCUGCAGUAAUGGUUGUCAGAUAAUACCUCCCCUCCUUCCCUGUCUCCCAGGAAGAGCCAGAUGCGUGUAUUCUCGGAACAUCAAAAAUGCCCCAGGGGCAAAGCUACCUAUCACCACUUGUGCCUUCUCCCAGUCUUGCACCAGAUAUUAUCAAUCUAUUUAAUAACACAGGCAAAAGGCAGGUCUAGAGACCGUAAGGCACAUGAAUGGUUGGACACCAGGCUAGAACAUCUGUCUUAUUGUCAGCAGCAAAGAAGUAUUUUACUCACCCUGUUUUGACACUGAAUUAGUGACUUCUUCAUUUUGUAACCAUUAAAACAUCUCACUAAACAUUGAGAGGGGCUUCAUUUAAAUCAUAGAGCAACAACGAAAAUGCUUCUAGCUAAACUGCCUAUUCUGGAAGCAUCGGCUUUUUAAUGUUCCAUGUAGGCCUCUUGUCAUACUUCUGUCGUUGAACAACGUUCUCCCUCUCGUCUUCCAGUCUCAUUCAGAAUUUUUAGGAGACCACGAUAUGUGGAAACACACUGCCCAGUAUUGUUUGAUACAUUUUUAUUUGAUAAACAUUCAGUGCAGGGAACUGUGAUUGCUAUGUUUGUAUAUAUAAUCUUAUUAUGUAGUCAUCAGAAUUUUAACAUAUGGUACAUUUGAUUAUUGUUUUUUACAUGCAUAGUUCUCUCUUCCCAGUCAAAACAUUUAUAUUAUUGGGGGUGGGGGCAGGGAAUUAAGUUGAUGGGCUCAAAAAUCCAUUUGUAUGUAUCUGUCUAUGGAGAUAUUUUAAGUUUGAAGCCUAAGUUAUAUAAUAGCUCAGCAAUGCUCUUCAGUGUUUACCAUAGCCACAAUCUUCUAUAAGAAAAUGAGUCUCUUUUGCAAAUCCUUAUCAACACUAAGGUGGCUCUUUCAACUUAGCACAUCUAAGACAGGAUUUAGUUCAUUUGUAGCUUGCAUAGGUGUCUGCUGACUUUCAUUUGCUAUUGAGUACAACAUUGAGGGGUUCUCCAUAAAAUACAAGUGCUAACACUACAAAGAGAUGCAAACUAUUAUUAUUUCUACAACAUACAUGAUAUGGAUUUAAAAAUUAUUACUCAGGGCCUAGAAUUUCUGGAGUUUGUGAUUUUUUCCCCCAAAUCAGUAGCAAGAGCAUUUGUUGAAUAUUUUAUAUUUUAGUAAAACCAAGUAUAAAAUACAAGUAUCAUAAGUAUAAUAUUAAAUCAUAUUUCAAUAGUUUUUCUGGAAUGUGCUUUAAGAAAAUAUGUUUUAUGUACUAUUUUCUAGAGACAUACUGCUAUAGAAUGGUGCACUUUUAGAAAUUGAGCAUUACUAGAAAUUAUAACUUUUGAGUUAUUGCAAAAAUUUGCCAAAUAGCAUCUUUAAGAUGUAUUUCCAUUUUAAUUCACCUAAAGAGUAUACCAAAAUAAAAAAAUGGAAAAGAUACCUUGGUGUUAAAACAAAGGUUUAAUCUGAAUGUAUUUAGAUGUAAAUAUCAAAGAUUAAUCCAAAAAAAGGAAAACUGUAAAAUUUGUAUAUAUUUUGAAUGCUUUACAUUUGAAAUAACUUGAAAAUACCGACAUUUGUAAUUAUAUGAAUAUUCAAGAGCAAUACUACAAUGCCAAGUAUUAAAGCACCAUUUUUUUUUCUCAUGGCUAUUUUCAGAAUUACAGUUCACAGACUGCAGGGCAGACUUACACAUGGUAUCUUGUACCGGUUAAUUUAACCUCAUUUAUAAACAGAUGAAAAUUUUAUUUUCUUAUUUCCUUUAUAAAAUGGUUAAAUGUACUGGGAGGCUUUUUUAUUAUAGAAAGUGUAUAUUGGUAUAUAAUAAAUGAACUUUUCAAAUGAC